GCUGCGCGAUUAUUCGUAGGAUGCUUGCACCCGAGUCUCGUGGCUGUUAGUUUAUAUGAAGUGCGGUCAAAUCAUGCUUAGUCAGCUCUAACCCCGCGCGAAAGGCAGAACGCAAAGCAACGCCGCCAACGCUCAAGCUCCCCGCUCAUCUCUUCUUGUCUCUCCUUCGCCUCGACCCCCCAAGACGCACAGCAGAUUCUGUGCUAGACUACGUCCUAUCCUUCCCUAAUCCUAGAGCUUAGAUUCCUAGACGCGGCUGGAGGCUCUAUACCACCUAUACCAGGCGACCAGUCCACUAGAGACAGCGCAUAGCCCGUUCAACAACCUCGCCGCCAAAAAUGGCUCCGCUAAUGUCUACCAUCCAUUGCGAUACCCCUCCACAGACAUCUAUCGCCUCGAAGGCAGUGACUGCCGUGCAGACCGUCAAGACCGCGAUGUCUGUACCCCAGAACGAACUCAAGAGGUGGAGAAAGACUUUUGACACGAAUGCGCAGACCGUGAUUGAGAGCGAAAAAUUCCUCAACGUUGAGCAGUUCGUGAACGCGAUCGCGCCGAAGUCGGAUUUGACCAAAACGGGACGUACACAGUAUGCGACCCUUUUCCGUGUCGCAGACAGCACCAAGCGGGGUCUCGUCUCCUGGGAUGACUUCGUCAUCUUCGAGACCAUCCUGAAGCGGCCCGAUGCUGACUAUUGGAUUGCCUUCGAAUACUUUGACGUGGACAACUCGGGUACCAUCACGUAUGACGAGUUCAAAAACGUGUUCAAGGCAACAAUUGCGGCCGAGUCGAUUCCCUUCGACUUCGACUGUGACUGGGUGAAGCUCUACCUCGGCAAGAAGAACGGCACUCAUGUACUCGGAUAUAGCGAAUUUACCCAGAUGAUGAAGGGCUUGCAGGGCGAGCGUCUCCGCCAGGCUUUCAAGUAUCUCGAUCAAGACCAGGAUGGCUUCAUUCGGCCCGACCAGUUCAAGCGUAUCAUUAUGGAAAUUGCAGGCCACAAACUCUCUGAUGCGGUUAUCCAGAGGUUACCCACUCUUUGCACCCUUACCCCAGGUGGCCGCAUCACAUAUUCAGAAGUAAACGCUUUCCACAACGUCGUAAGAGAAAUGGACAUGGUCGAACGUAUCAUUCGUGAAGCAACUGCGAAGUCAAAAGAUGGCCGGAUUGACCAGUCCGACUUCCUCAACCACUGCGCGGCCAGCACCCGCUAUGCUCUCUUCACACCUAUGGAGGCCUCCAUCAUCUUCCACUUUGCAGGACGGGGCAGUUCCCAGCAACGUCUUGCACUCAUUGACUUCGCACAGCUCCUUGACCCGCGAUGGAACGCCCCGACUGAAGUUGGAGAGAAGGCGGUCACCGGCUCGUUAACUGCGAUGUCCAUCAUUCACGAAAUCGCGCAGUCGGCGUACAACUUCGGGUUGGGAGGUAUUGCUGGCGCGAUCGGUGCGACGAUAGUAUAUCCUAUCGAUCUUGUCAAGACCCGGAUGCAGAACCAACGUAGCACCGUCGUUGGUCAACUGCUUUACAAGAACAGCCUUGAUUGCGUUAGGAAAGUGUUCCACAACGAGGGCUUUCUUGGUUUCUAUCGUGGCCUUGGCCCCCAGCUGAUUGGUGUCGCACCGGAGAAGGCCAUCAAGCUGACUGUCAAUGACUUUGUUCGCAAGAGGGCAAUGGACCCAGAGACAGGUAGAAUCAAGCUAGGGUGGGAGCUCGUUGCUGGAGGUGGUGCUGGUGGAUGCCAAGUUAUUUUCACGAACCCCUUGGAAAUUGUGAAGAUUCGUCUUCAGAUGCAAGGCGAGGCUGCGAAGCUCGAGGGUGCUGUGUCGAAGGGCGCGGUCCACAUCGUUCGUCAACUUGGUCUAGUCGGUCUUUACAAGGGUGCGUCGGCGUGCCUGCUUCGCGACAUCCCAUUCUCGGCUAUCUACUUCCCGACAUACGCCCACCUCAAAAAGGAUAUGUUCCACGAGGGUUAUAACGGGAAGCAGCUAUCCUUUUUUGAGACCUUGGCAUCUGCUGCGAUUGCCGGCAUGCCAGCAGCCUACCUCACGACGCCUGCGGAUGUCGUCAAGACCCGCCUGCAGACGGAAGCCAAGACUGGGCAGACGAAUUACAAGGGCAUGAUUGAUGCGUUCUCGAAGAUAUACCGGGAAGAAGGCUUCAAAGCGCUCUUCAAGGGCGGCCCUGCCCGGAUUAUCCGUAGCAGUCCGCAAUUCGGCUUCACCUUGGUGGCGUACGAAUACCUGCACAAGUUCGUGCCAUAUCCAUUCAAAGACGAACCCAAGGCUGUGGAAACGGCAUUCACAUCGCAACCAGAAGAUAUGGCGAGGAUACGUGCCCGAAAUGCCCUUCGGAUUCUAUUGGACGUUCAUGGUAACUUCGGUCCCCGCAGUGCAUAGUCGUAGAGACGCUUCAUUUCAUGCUUAUAUGACUUUGGACGGUGUAAUUAUUCGGACUGGUUGUGCGGUAGAAUAUACGGUUUCCACACGCACG